CUCCCUGGACUUGGCGAGGACCUGCCUGAUUCAUGAGAACUCCACUGGCACCUCAGUUGAGACCAUGGCAGCAGAGGUGCCCAUGGACACAGCCUUCCCAAUGCCUGCCACCCCAUAUCAUGUAAACAAAGUGACCUAUCGUCCAACAACAGAAAAGCCUGGCUAUAAAAGCAAGGAGCAGGUCACAUAUAACAAGGCUGGGGUGCCAUCCAGCAAAGGACUUUCCUCAAGGACCUCCAGUGCAAAUUCUUGGGAGAGCUCCAAGAAUCUGGAAGGGGAUAAAACAAGAGACGAAUUCCUCUGCCCAACACCUCCUUCUACACAGCACUUCCCAGCAAAAAGCCACAAUAAACACAACCACAAUCCCAAAACUCCUGCUGGCCAAUAUAUUCACCACGAAUCACCUAAAAUAUGUGCUGAAAGAAAGGGGAGCUUCGACAGCAAGAUUUCUCUUGAAAAUCACCCAAAGGGAAGGGCUGCAAGGUCCCAAGAACAUGCCAAGUCUGUCCAAGAAAAAGAAGAAUCCAUCAGUUUUAAUUCAGAUGACUCAACUGGCAAGUUACAUCAAUCUGUACGAACUGAGUUGCUCAGCUCCCCCACAAAAAAUAUAAAGUGCAGCUAUGAAGACACUGAAGAAGUCAAGACUGUUUUGAAUGCCAAAGACUCCUUGGCUUCAGGUAUACAAAAUGUUAAAGUGGAAGGGAAGUGCCUUCAGGAAAAGAAAAACAGUCGGAUCCCUGCCAAUAUCAAAGCCAAAUAUGGCACCACAGUAGUGGAGAAGCUGAUAUCAGAGGAACAGGCACGGCGUGCUCUUUGCGAAGCUGGACUGAUCCAAGGACA